UCGCGAGAACCAAAAACACGAGAUUACAGUGUAGGGAGGGCUGCAUGGAGAGCUCGAAGACAAAACAAAAGCCACACAUUUUAACCAACAGGCGCUGGUCGCUUAUCUUCUGUAAGCCAAAACACAUUUGAUUCAUUUUUUAAGUAUCGAUUUCCGAAUAACGCCAAAAAAUAUUCCAUCAUGCCGAGCAGCACGUCUUUGCUGGAGGCCGACGAGGGUGAGUCCGAGGUACCGCCGCCGCUAGUGCACGCUUUCGCCGGUAUGGGCCUUGAGGAACACCACGGCACACAAAGCCAGACCCCGGAGCAAGUAGAUGAUAGCCUCCCUUAUCACCACCAGCUGCCCCCGGUCGCCCAUUUCAACCUCCGCAAUACCGUCCUCGACUUGAAGCCUCUACAUCGGCCGCCCUCGGGAGAUGAAGUAAACAACACAACUGCUGCGCCCGAGGACGAGGAGCCUGAAGUUAUAACCGCUGCAGACUCAUCGUUUCUGGCGCAGGCCCACCGCCACCAACACCUCCAAUCGGUGCCACUUUCCUCCGGGAUGCCGCCCGGGAUGGAAACGUCCCACAUCGAGACGGUCUUGUUGUACAACGGGGACGACCGGGACGACAGCGGGCUCGGCGGCGGCGGCGCCCUACCGCCGGCCGGUAGCAUGGCCAUGCUACCGGCCGGCGUGUACGGGGAGUCGGGAUACGAGGCCGAGUCUUCGCUGUUGGCUCGGAGGAAGAGCGUCAACACGACAGAGUGUGUGGCGGUGCCCAGCUCCGAGCACGUCGCGGAGAUUGUGGGCAGACAGGGCUGUAAGAUCAAGGCACUUCGAGCCAAGACCAACACCUACAUCAAGACACCGGUGAGGGGGGAGCAGCCUGUCUUUGUUGUGACCGGGCGCAGGGAAGAUGUGGCCAUGGCCAAGAGGGAGAUCCUGUCGGCAGCAGAGCACUUCUCCCUCAUCAGAGCCUCUCGAAACAAGACGGGUCCCUUGACCGCUGCGACCGGUCCAGGGACCCCCUCCCUACCUGGACAGACCACCAUUCAGGUUCGCGUACCAUACCGCGUUGUAGGGCUGGUCGUGGGGCCCAAAGGAGCAACCAUCAAGCGCAUUCAGCAACAGACCCACACCUACAUUGUGACGCCGAGUCGCGACAAAGAGCCCGUGUUCGAGGUCACCGGGAUGCCGGAGAACGUGGACCGGGCGAGGGACGAAAUCGAGGCGCACAUUGCUCUCCGCACGGGAACCUGCGGCGGCAUCGAGGCGCCCGGCGUCGACAACAACGACUUCCAAUACAACGGGACGGACGUCAGCUUCGAGCAUUCUGCGGCGCAGGCCGUCUUGAGGGACGCCGGGUGGCUCCCCGCGGCCGCGUCCUCGUCCUCCCCAGGUGCGGCAGGCUUGCUGCCAGUGACCCUCAACGGUACGCCGCGAGUAAAUGGCAAUAUUAACGCCGGGGUCAAGAUGUCUUCCACCUACCGCAACGACAGCUCUAGCUCCCUGGGCAGCGGCUCCAGCUCAGCCGAGUCCGUCUACGGCAGCAGCAAUGGUAACCGGGGGGCAGAUUUGAGCCCCCCCUGUCAGUUUAACGCAAACGCCAACAACAACAACAACGGUAACCGCAAUGGCGCCACCACUAGUUUCUGGUUCGGCGAGGGCCUUCUUUCUGUCGGCUCCGAGGAGCUGGUCAAGCUGGGAGGCGGCGGCUCGCCCUCAGGAUUUGACCCGUUAAGCAUCUCCACUGCCCAAGCCUCGCUGCCUGUCGCGCAGCCACAAGUCUGGAGCCCCUAUGUGGACCACCUGCCCCCCCAGACAUUUGAUGCCCGACAAUCUCAGCCCGGGACGCCCCGCCUCUCUCCAACCUUCUCUGGCACAGACGCCUUGGAGCACCCUCAGGCCCAGCGGGUUCACCGAGGGCCCUUUGGCUCGGCCGGAGCCCUCGACGCUCACAGGUUCCCCUCCUACAGCUCGGCCUUCUCCUCCUCCUCCUCCAGUGAAAGCACCGCCUCCUCCUCCCCUCCCGAGUCCUCGCUCCUCUAUCGAUCGGGGCUCGGUUCAGCAGGGAGAGGACCGGAGAUAUGCAUCCACUGUAUGGAUAGCCAGGUGAUUGCUGCCUUGGUUCCCUGCGGCCAUAACCUCUUCUGUCUAGAUUGUGCCACGCACAUUUGCCAAGGCCCCGAGGCCGUGUGCCCCGUGUGCCUGUCCCCGGCCACACAGGCCAUUCAGCUCCGCAACAUGUGAUCCGUGUCACCCAUUCACUUUGAUUGCUGAUUGGGGUUCAGCCUCCGCAACACUUCCAAUUCAUAUCAUCUGUGGGGGUGGGGUGCGGCGGGGGUGUCAGCCCAUUCAUGUGCCUGCUUUUGUGAAGUCGUUUUCGAUGAUUGAUUGAUCAGUGGGAGGGUCGGAAAACCCUCGGUGUAGCAUGGGAUGGAAUCUCAUUGUUUUUUACAUUUUUUUUUUUUCUUCUCUCCUGAAACAUCCAACUAUCCAUUUCUGACUACCUAUGUUUUAUCAAAAGUUUUAAAUGUACUUUGAAUUCUAUUGGAUACAUAAUAUUUCCUUUCGGGUCAAAGCCAUUUUAGUCAUCUCGAGUUUUUUUCAAUAGAAGAAAAAUGCUGCUAUAGUUGUCUUUAAAUGCUGGCCCAUCCUAUUUUUAAUCAAUGCGCUUACAGAAGACUGAGGAAAAAGACCCCAUGUUUACAAAGAGCGAUUCCCUUCCAUCAAUACAGAUCAUCUUCUCCUGGUUUAGAACGAUUUGUUCUGCCUACCACAGUAAACUGGACAUAAUGUAUAUGUGCUACUCUAUCCCACAUAGUGAGUGUGUGUGUGCACAUACAUACACACACACUAAUAUUAUUGGGCUAUUAAGUGUAUAUCUGUGCAAACAGUGUUUAUAUGCUCCGUAUCACGAAUCAGGACUUGUGUUGGUCGCUGACCUUAAAACCCAGUUGAUCUGCCUGCAGACCAUGACCCACACGGGGGGGGGGUUUAAACCUGCAGCUGGACAGAUGUCACGCUCUAAUGGCAUCAGGUUUCUUUCUUCCCCUCACUAGAACCAACGAGUGGACAACUGUUCCACGAUGGUACACCACUCCAGUAUUGCCGUGUUGCUUUCCGUUUCUACAACUAAAAUAAUUUACUGUCAUUUUGUGCCUAAUUUGCGUUCUGAGUAAACGAAAAAGAGACUAUUUCUUCAGCGGGGGGGGGGGGGGGGGCGCCAGUGUUGCUCUGUCUUAAAACAAAUGUGUGGCCUUUUUUGGGAAAGCCUGGAAUUAACUGACAACACUAUCUACAAAUGCAGAUCUUUGCUUGAGAGAGCACAAGGUGACAAAAUGAGGUCUCAGUGUAUUUAAGUUCGAUCUCUUGAACAAAAGUUGUAACACAGGGAUCUUUUGCUUCCUGUGUUAAGCCUUUCUCAAUUAUUUUACUCCAUUGUUUUUUUUCUUUUUAGCACCAAGCAAUCUCAUUUAGUCCGUUGUUGUUUCCAUAGUUUUUCUGUCUCGUUGUGUUUAUUAUAUUUUUAUUUUUUUAUAACCCAUCUGCUUGUUUCUAGCCAGAAAGAUGAGCACAGCUCCACCCUUUUGGAAACAUUCCUCCUCCCGUAGCACUGUCCCAUUUGUAGUUUCUAAAAGUACGGCUGGCUAGUAGUGAGACGUGUGUUGUGGGCCAGGAGAGCUGGUAUCUAUGACGCCGUAAUGCAGACAGCUGUAAUUGGAACAAAUCCCCGGCGGAGGUGAACGCCGUCUCAGCGCGGUUCUACUUCGGCGGCCUCGUCUCAGCCAUUUUCAGCAAAAUAAUCCCAACGGAUGCAAAACUGAGAUGUUGGCCGCCCACGUCUGGUCCACCAGGCCUAUGCAAAGACACCUCGAGGAAGCGCCAGAUAAAUUAAGCUCCUCUGGGUUUCAAUUACACAUCUCAAACUAUCUCUGGCGUAACAAGUUGGCCGAUAGAUCCCUUCUUUUUUUUUAAAUUUCCCUACUCCAUCGCAGUUUGACCCUCAUGACUCGCUCUAAUGCCUCAAUGAGAUGUCCCGGGGGCGCACACACACACACACACACACUUUGCAUCAGCUCACCAGCUGUUGUCUUGUGCCCCACUAAGCACAGCCUUCCCUAUGUCUUAUCACACUAUUGAUAAGUUUGGAUUCCAAUAACGGUCGUCCUUUUGCCCCCCCCCCUCUUUUCAACGUGGGCGUCGGUCCGUUCCUGCGCCUGAGAAAGCGAAGCGGUACAAAUCGGCGGAAGGCAUCGCAGACCUUUUAGCUUUAAACCCCGCCGUCUCUAGCCCUUGUUUUUACGGGAGUGAGUUGGCGGGACAUUUGGGAGGGGAAGCAGCCGGGAUGAUUCCCUCUGGCGGCCCGGGGGCCGACACUACACACGGUCCACGGCGCCGCUUUACUUUGUGGACAUUGGACCGCUGUCCGUCGAGCAUUCCAGCUGUAAACUGUAUUUUGUUUUUUAAGUUACUCUAAAGCUUGGCGCCGUCGCCUCACUGUCGUCUUUAGUGGAUGGUUGAGUUUUCUCGAGGAAAUGGAACCGACUGAAUCCCAAAAGUGCAAAAAACAAAAAAAAGACAUUUUCUUCUGCCCCCCCCCUGGGGGUUUUCUAGCCGUCCUUUUUACUUUACUUCUCUCUACAAAGAUCUUUUCUUUCUCGCGGAGGGAUGCAAUACGGUCCAUUGACAUUUGUUUGUAUUUUAUGAUAUUACAUUUAAUGACUGAUAAAUAUACAGAUCUUAUUUUAUUUUGUUACAUUUCAUAUAUACAUACAUAAAUAUAUCUAUAUUAAAAUGUUUACAAUAAGAUUUUUUUUUUACUUUUGUGAUUAAGUGAAUGAAGAGUUGGAAACCCCGAAAUGUUGCAGAAGGUGUGUCAAUGCUGUCUGCUUGUAGUCUAAUUAGUUUACAGUAUUGAUAAUAGUAUUGAUAGCUGCCAUUGAAGUGGAACAUGGAAUGUGCAUCAUAAGCAUGUCGUCAUGUCGUCAUAACGUAUCGCCGAUGUAAAAAGGCCACGGAUUCAAGCCGCCUGUCCUGUCUGUACGCCACCAAAUUAAGAACGAUAUACUGUACAAUGUAUCUUAGAUUAUCUAUAUAUAAUACAUAUAUUGUUAAGAUGUACCAACAGUUCAAAGUAUUUGCUAAUUUUACUACAAUUUUGUUAUGUAUAUGUGGGGGGGAGUCUUAUGGCAUAUGAAUUCUUCAAAUUAAGUCAGGAGUUUAAAAGCAGACUAUAUUUUAUAAUGGCCUUUUAAGUUAUUGCGGCCAAAGCACUGAUAUUAUAUAUAUUUGCUGUAAAGAGAAUUUAAGAGUUU